AUGGAGCAGCCGCAGAGUGUACAAGCCGCUAUUGCGUAUAUGAAACCCGACGAUGAGCUCUUUCGCAAGGAAAAGCCCUAUGUGUCGCUCGUCCCCUUUCUCGCAAAAGGCGCCAACUUUACAAACACCGAAGUCGACGAGCACACAAUGGAAAUAAAGAAUGUCCGCGGCAGAGAGUCAGAAUUUGAUCUUGACAAAAACGGAUUUUCCUACGUUUUAUACCAACCUAAAGAACGGCCUGGCCACGAUGUUCAGAGCCCUGAUCAUCCUUACAUGAAAGAGAUCUCUGAAUUCUUAAAGAGCUAUUUGGGGGCUCAAGACGUGACACCAUAUGAUGCAAAUACAAGGAAAGUCGGCGAUCCAGAGUUUCUACAGGCAUCGCUGUAUGCCCACGUUGAUCACUCAAUUCCCAACUGUAAAUGGAGAGUCCAACAACUAAUGGCAGAGAAAGGAAAGCAAAUGCCCAAGAGAUGGGAAUUGAUAAAUAUCUGGGUACCCAUCAAAGGACCAGUCCGAGGUUCACCACUCGCAGUUUGUGACUACCAGACCGUCUGUCGAGAUGACCUCGUCGCAGUAGAUUCCGUCUUUCCGCACCGAGUCAUGGAAGUUUACCACGUGAAGCACAACCCGUCUCACCAGUGGUACUACAUGGAGGACCAGAAUGUUGAUGACCUUCUUAUUCUCAAGUCAUGGGACAGCCAGGAGGAUAAGGCAUGCUGCUGCAUUCAUACGGCUAUCAUCCCCGAUCCCCAAGUCAAGACAGUUCGUGAAAGCAUUGAGAUUAGGUUUAUUGUCGAGUAUUGA